AUGGACGACUGUCCCCAGGAGUCGGAGAUGACGAUUGACGGAAGGUUGGGGGAAAUUGGUAGACAACUCGAGGAAUUUGAUAACGACUUUCGGGAAAUUGAGACGGAAUUCAACAAUAUUAAUAUCCGGUUCAAUGAUCUAGAUCGCCGGCAUGAUGAUGUUGAGGGCCUGUUCCAGGAAGUUGAUGCCCGAUUCGAUGAAGUGAAUACCCUAUGCGACGACAUUGACAACUGGUGCGACAGAGCUGAUAAGCGAUUCGACGGGCUUGAACAAGAUCUUCGAGAUGUGGUAGCUGAGCUUGCAAAUUCCAAAGCGAUGAAUGCCAACCGUGUUCUGCGUCGAAUUCACCAACGUAUUAACCAAGUCCAAGUGCGCACGUUGAUGCCACUAGGCCUCCGUCAGAGGGCGAAGGGAGUUUUCGAAUCUGCCUUCUCCGGAGACAAACCGAUUGAAACACAACGGGCUCUUCAAACCAUUCGUGAUCUGGCAGCGUUCUAUGAAGUUGUGAUCUACUCCGAUGAACAAGCUGAUGGCGAGGGAGCCGGGGUUGAUGUUACGGGAGAUGUUGACGGGUAUAUGGAGGAACUGCUUGAUAAAUGGGGACUGGACUGGACCAAAGUCUGUGAAAUUGUUGAAGAACGAGUUCUGAACCCCCAAACACAGCAAGCUAGGAUCAAACGGUCUGCGAGCUUAAAUGGUGUUGAAGCGCAGGUCUCUGUACGACGUCAUUCUUGA